ACGACCUGAAUUUGGAGGAAGUACAGAGAAACUGGUCCGCCUAUUUUAGUUGUGUUUGGUCACUGUUACUAUCGGGUGAUUUAUUUAGGUUACAAUACAUAUGUAARCUUAAACAAAUCGUUUCCUAAAGUACAGGAUAAUAAUCUGUAAAAUGCCUCGGAGAAAGAGGACUACGGGCAGCAGCUCAGACGGAACAGAGGACUCCGAUUUUUCUGCAGAUCUCGAACACACUGAAGCUGCCGAGAACCUGCGCAGGCGUAGUAGCGUGCGCCUGACUCGAUCGUCCCUGCGUCUCAGCCAGAGCUCACAAGAAAACUGCAGUUCUCRUGCUACCGGGGGUCCCGAUGAAGGACACGAUUCAGCGGCAGAGUCCACAGCAGCCGUGGCCGCGUCCGUUUUCUCCUCCGGGCGCAGGGUCACUCGCAGCCAACAGGGGGUGGCAAACACCACAGCAAAAAAAUAUCCACUGCGGCAGAGCAGGUCAUCGGGCUCUGAUACUGAAGCCAACGACAUAAAGCGAGGGGCAGACCGAGACGAGACCCCACCUCGCACCCCAACGGGCAACGCGCUGUCCUCAGAGUCAGACAUAGAGGCUUCCAGCCCGAGCAACGACCACGUAUCUUCAAGCAACGACGUUGUAGUUUCACAAGAGGAGGACGAGAGGUUGGCCAAAGAGCUGUCACUCAAAGAGGCAGCCGCCCACGACCUCUCCCACCGACCCAAACGACGGCGCUUUCAUGAAAGUUACAACUUCAACAUGAAGUGUCCAACACCAGGAUGUAACUCACUGGGUCAUCUAACAGGGAGACAUGAGAGACAUUUCUCCAUAUCAGGGUGUCCUCUGUACCAUAACCUCUCCGCUGAUGAAUGCAAGGGCAAAGUUACGACGCGCGACAAACAAGCAGAGGAGCGAGCGCUGUCGCAUCGGCAGGAUGAAAACAGGCAUGCCACAAGAAACCAGGCCCCUACAGAUCGUCAGCAGCGCUACAAGGAGAAGGUCACCGAGCUCAGGAGGAAGAGGAACUCUGGCCUCAAUAAGGAGCAGAAGGAAAAGUGUAUGGAACACCGUGAAAGCCACGGGACGAGCCGGGAGCCUCUGCUGGAGAACAUCACCAGUGACUACGACCUCGAGCUGUUCAGGAAAGCGCAGGCACGUGCCUCGGAUGACCUUGAGAAGCUUCGCCUCGCCGGCCAGGUGUCGGAGGGCGGCAACAUGAUAAAAACCAUUGUGUUUGGGCGUUUCGAGCUGGACACCUGGUACCACUCUCCAUACCCGGAGGAGUACGCCCGCCUGGGGAGGCUCUACAUGUGCGAAUUCUGCCUGAAGUACAUAAAAAGUCAGACCAUUCUGCGCAGGCACAUGGCUAAGUGUGUGUGGAAGCACCCCCCAGGCGAUGAGAUCUACAGGAAGGGAAACAUUUCAGUCUUUGAGGUGGAUGGAAAGAAGAACAAAAUUUAUUGCCAGAAUCUGUGUCUGCUUGCAAAACUCUUCCUGGACCACAAGACGUUAUAUUACGAUGUCGAGCCGUUUCUCUUCUAUGUUAUGACUGAAGCUGACAACACAGGAUGCCACCUGGUCGGUUAUUUCUCCAAGGAGAAAAACUCCUUCUUGAACUACAAUGUGUCCUGCAUCCUCACCAUGCCACAGUACAUGAGGCAGGGUUAUGGCAAGAUGCUCAUCGACUUCAGCUACCUGCUGUCCAAGGUGGAGGAAAAGGUGGGCUCUCCUGAGCGACCCCUGUCUGAUCUGGGACUAAUCAGCUACAGAAGUUACUGGAAAGAUGUUCUGCUGCGCUACCUGAACAAUUUUCAGGGCAAGGAGAUCUCCAUCAAAGAGAUCAGCCAGGAGACGGCGGUGAACCCAGUGGAUAUUGUCAGCACUCUGCAGUCUCUACAAAUGCUCAAAUACUGGAAAGGAAAGCACUUGGUUCUAAAGAGACAGGACCUCAUCGAUGACUGGAAGGCCAAGGAGACUAAGCGUGGUAACGGAAAGUCUAUCGACCCCACAGCCUUAAAAUGGACCCCACCUAAAGGGACAUAGAGGAGCUUCCUUUACACCCCACUCCCCCCCACAAAAAAAAAACACAUGCACAGACCCUCCCUCGUACGCUGGCAUUGACCCUCAGUCUAAACCUUCCUAGCUGCAGCACUGUUAUUAACAAAAUUAAUGAACAGAUUUUUGUUUAGCUUGUUUGGUUUUUGGGUUCAAACAGUCGCUGAGUUCACUCAAGACCACUAAAACUAAAGCAGUUUCAUCUCACUCAUACAUAUGUUGCCUGACCUGGAGGUAAUACUGUGUUUGAACUUUAUUUAAUAUCAGGAGUGCAUACCUAAAAGUGAAUGGGUAAUUUAAUCAUUUAAAGGUAGACAAAUGCUGAGCAUUUAUAUAUAGAUAAUACAACCCAAACAAAAAAUAAGUUUUGAAGAAAGUAUUUAGUCUUUAUUGUGCAACUUUUUGCUUCAAAAGACAAUAACAAAAUAAUGUAAGUAAAACGCACUGUCUGUUUAGAAUAAAAAUGUAGUACUUAUUUACUAUUUUAGAUUAACACAUUUAGUUAUUUUGACUUUACUGUUUAACACGUAGGGGUGUAAAAUCAAAUAAUUUGUAUCUGAAAUAGUUUUUGUCCUUUCAGACCUGCAGACGUUCUAGCUUGUAAUAAUAGAGCUAGAAUUCAAAGAAAUGGUAACAGCACAAUGUUGCUGCUCAUAGUUUUCACAUCAUAUAUUACUAGAACGGUAAUAUAGGUACUAUAAAAGUACAGUAAUGGUGCGUUGUUCACUCACCUUUUCAUAGACACAUAUUUAGCAAGGGGCGGCAGGCGCACCCGCUAAUCCAAUCUACAGCAGGCGUUUAUCGAACCGAAGCUGCAUUUUACUUUGUUGCCGAGACGAUCGACACGGCACAGGUCUGCAAUGAUUGGCUCACACAAACAUGUUGUGACAGACGCAAACCAGCUUCCUGUGAUUAAACUGGACAUUAAGAGUUUCUAAGAAUAACAGGAGAAGUUGUUCUUUAUCGUGCUUCACGUUUUAUGUGAUGUUUUUGUUGAUGACCUUAAAACCUGGUGAAAAACAGUUUUAUUUUAAAGCUUAUGUCACAUGAGUAACAAAGAGAGCUUUAAAAGAUUUUCAACUCAAGAACUUCCCUGAGAGUUACAGGAAAGACUGAUGGCUCAGUUCCCAAACGCAUCUAGUGUGUUUUGUCAAGACUUUUUGAAGUAGGGUUUUGUGGAAAGGAUAAAAACAGUUUUUAUCUCGCCUGUUAUAGAUCGCUCUUCCAACAGAGUUUAGAUCUGAUUAGAUUGAAGGAGCAAAGAGCUGACUCAAAUGCAGCUAAGACCAAAGUGGAUUGCUGCCAUCUUAAAAUGACUCCAAUUUUCAAAAAUUGCAUAGCUCCUUAAUGCUUACUUUUUAACUUAUGACAUUUUUUACAUUGGAGCUGUAUUUGGACAAGCUGUUGGCUUGUCAGUCCAGUCAGACGUAAACUCUUUUGUCCAAACUGAGUUUAUUCAAAGAUCUAACUAUAACUUUACAUGGACUGCUACUUCAAAUAAGCCGAAAUACCCCUAAAAUCAAGUCUCAAAAACAGUAUCUCUGCCUAAAGGAGUACAGUCAUCAGUACAUUUUUGCUUUUCCAUCUGCACUGUGACCAUUGCACAUUGUUUUAAAGUGAUCCCCAAUUAGUUGUAAAAUUAGAUUUUAUUUGAUAAACUGUAAAAUAAAGACUGUAAAA